ACAUACAUUCUAGUCGGAGAGAAUGUUGCAAGAAGAACGUGAAUCCGACAACCAAUUAAGAGAACAAUUCAAAGAACGUUGGAAGCGAACACCUAGUGCCCGACUGACGGAACAAUUUACUAGCAAUUUACAAAAAUAUCGUGAAAUUAUAAAUAACGCAGUUACAGCUGAUAAGGUGGUUCGCGAGAAAUACGAAAAUAAUAAAGAAGGAAUGGAAAUUUUAAGUCUGGAUGAGGAUGAACUUACUAGGACUGUUCCGCAAGGUUCGGCUGUUCAAGAGAGUAAUGUUGUUAUACGACUCAGGAAAUUAAUGGAUGAUGUAGAGACAUUGAAAGCUGAACGAGAUGCUAUUGAAAGCGAAUUCAAAUCCGCUACCAAUGAUAUGAAGACUACAUUCCUUUCGGCGCUAGCUAAAGAUGGCGCAAUCGAUGAACCAAAUUUAUCUGUCGAGAGUUUGGGAAAAUGUUAUGGGCCUUUACAAAAACAAGUACGAGAAAGCAUAGCGCGUCAGGAAAAAUUAGUUGCUGAAAUUCAGACAUGCCAUGCAGAAUUUACAAAUGAACAAGCUGGUACUGGUAGUGCGCGAGAAACGAUGCUCUGUAAGCUGGCUUCUGCUUAUGAUGCAUUUAAAGAGCUGAAGAGUAAUCUAUCAGAGGGGGUUAAAUUUUAUAACGAUUUGACGCAGCUACUGGUAGUUUUCCAAAACAAGAUAUCCGACUUCUGUUUCGCCCGAAAAACUGAAAAAGAGGAAUUAUUGAAAGAUUUAACGACGAAUUUGAGCCAUACUGGUCCCGCUACAACGCCAAGUAUUCCAUCCCAUCAUAGCAGUGGACCAUCUGGUGUAAACCAACCAUCGGAAAUCAGUACAGCACCGCCUCAGUUGCCGUAUCCUACGCAACAUCAAGGUGGUAUGCCUGUACCUUACGGCGCUACACCAGCAACACCCUAUCCAGCUUAUGUUCCUCCACCGAUGCCGACAACGUACAAUCCAUAUGCUACAAUGCCAUACCCUACACAAGGAGGAUACAAUCCAUACCAAGCUAUGCCUCAAGUUCCAUAUGGAGGCUAUGCGACAAUACCGCGUUACAGUGGUGCUCAACCACCGCAUGGUCAAAAUCCAUGGUGAAUUAUACAAGCAGCUUUAGUAUACACUUUGGUAUACACUGUGAUUUUACGUAAAUUGCAUAUUAAUUCCAAUAAUAUUUAUGCAUCAUAUUUUAUACAAAGUCUGCUAUAUUAAUCAACAUUCGGAGCUGAUAUUGUGUAUAAUUCAAGGGAUUUUGCUAAUCAUUAUAUGUCUUUCGCCAUACUGAGGAUGUCUUCCGUUUGAUACUACAAAAGUUUUGAUUUUUUUGAUUGACCAACUAAGAUGAAAAAGGAGAAUAUUUCUUUGCUUUAAUUAGUUAAUAAAACACUUCAAAACUUUCUUAACAUCGAACAGAAUGCAUCCGAAGUCCUCCAUCUAAUACAGAUUGACCGUUAGUAUUUCUUAAGCUUUAAGUGCUGCUUAUCGAUUUGUGUAGAGAACACAUAUAUCGAUUUAUAAAUAUAUUUUGUAAAAUAAAAAAGCCAAACAUAUAU